UUUAUUGUCUAUUUGUUUUGAAAUACAAGUUACCUGUAAAGGCAUCUGCCCACCUGUAUGUAUGUCUGAUAUUUUAAUAAGUGCAUACACUGUAUGUAGCUCAUGGUGAUGGGUUUUUUCUGUUCUGUUUGCUUCUGUAAUGAAGUUUAUGUUGUUAUUAUUUAAUCACAAAUGUUGACCUUUUUUUCUAUUAAUCAUGAAGAACCCAGAAACAGAUCCAUACAGCCGUGAAAAAAGAAGAAAAUUCUUUUUAAGAAAUCUUAAAGGAGGCCUGAAGAAUUGUGGGAACUAUUUCAUCAUGAAGUUUCUAGAUCUUUACAAUAGGCAUCAAACAAAAGACAUCCGUCCAUACAUGACUGAGGUGCUGCAUUGCAUCUUCUUUUUAGGCAACAUUCACAAGUUGAAAAUUAAGCCUACAGAAUUCUUUACCGGAGAUGUGUGGUUAAAAAUGAAGAAAAUGUUUCCAGACCCUUUUGAAAAAUACCGCACCCACCUGCCGACCCGCACUCCCUUUUCCAUCCUACUUGACGCGAUUGUAAGGAUUAAAGGCAGUCACAAUCAAAAAGAGGUCAUGGACUGUCUGUCGACUUUCUUACAAGACCUGAACGUGCCAAAACCCGACUCCAAUACCAAUAAAUAUUUUAAUCAUUACACCUUGGAGGCCACUGUCAUCUGCAUUUGUCAUUAUGAAAGUACAGGGGUAUUAAAGCCAGACAACUUCUAUGGAGCCUCCCUGUCCUGCAAGGGGAAAGACGAGCAGAAGAUCAUGAUCUCUCUCUCGUGUCUGGAAACAUGGAAUGCAGCAGUGGCUCAUGCAGUGAGCCUUGCAGACAAUGGCAGUGUCAUCAAGCUUCCACAAACUGUAAUAUGCAAAGCCUUUAAAAAAAAUUGGGGAACAGACCGCUAUUACGGAGAGCCUCCAUGCUCAAAAUGCAUUACUAUAUUCCAAGGUGCUUCGUUCGAGCCACGUCAUCGUGAAACUGAUAAGGAACCAACAUGGCCCUAUGGCCAGUGUGCUGAAACAGAAUCUCUCAGCAAGCUCCUCAAUGGAGAGGAAGCACUCUGUCAACAAGUAGAGAUUCUUAACAAUACAACUAACCUUGAAAGAGAUGCAGUUGUACACAAAGCAAAAAACACGCUGGUCAGCCUGCUUCAAGGGAAAAAUUUUGUGCUUAAUGGCAAUGAAUUUCAGUUCUUUGCCCCUUAACCUCCCCCAGUCCUUUUUAGCUCCACUAUUUAUAUCCUAACCUCAAAUCAAGCUAAUCCCUGAUCCCCACUGGCUCAAAAAAUAAAAAUUACAAAGUCCCAAACAACCAAUGCGCAUUUGAGACAUUAAACCAAUCUCCUGAUUUACUCAUUUUGCAACACUAACCAUUUUAAUUGCCCUAAAAUGUCUGCUGUCAUCAACUUCAAGUAGCUUGAAACCUUUUGUUGAGGUUUUUGUGGUAGUCGUUUAUGGCUUGUGUGUAUAUUUUUUAUAUUUUUGUAAAAAAAAAAAAAGAAAAAGCUGUCUAAACAGUAUUUUGUCGCUGCAAUGUAUCUGGAAAGAAAUGCAUUUGGUUUCUCCAACUUGUAAUCUGGAUGUUUCUUGGUGUAUCAGUACUGUGAAAUUAAAGUAAAUAAAAUCAAAAACGAGUGAUAACAGAGGCUUUAUAAUAUUGUAUCUCUUGUGAGGUUGUGUGCUGCUCGCUAUUCUAUACCUGUGAUAUAGCAUGCUUUCACUGUGCUUUGUUACACUGUGCUAUGCUUUUAUUAUCGUAAAUAUAGGCAACAUUGCAGACUAGCUGCACGUAGGUAUGUAUAAAUAUUCAUUAAAAAUUAAUGAUGAUGCCCUCACCCUCCCAAAUCGGUACAUUAUACGGUAUAAUAUGCAUUUAAUAAUCUUGUUAAAUGCAUUUUAACCCUAAACCAUGAAACUCUAGAAACAUUUUCUCAUGGCUUUCAUUUAGAAUUCUGAUUGAAGGUUUCGAAACUUAUAUUGGGUCACACAAAAAAAAAAAACACUGGCCUUUAUUAAUUGAGUUGGACAGAGGUAAAGGUCAGAGAGUGGCUCUCUACACCGCGUGAGUGAGGAGGAGGGCUGGGUUUACUUCAAGGUUCAAACGUUUUCUUCAAUGUCCUCUCUGCUGUAUUUAUACCAGAUGUAAUGAUGUUCUUCAGUACAGACACAGUGCCUUAUUUAAGGGACAGCUGUUAAUAUGAUACACUGCCUAUUCCAUUAUGGGCACUGUGUCGACAGAAGCAGUAUAUUACAUUGUCUUAAUCCUAAAUGGUCACUUUUUACCUCAUAUUGUAUUCUAGUAGUAUUUGCAUUUACUGUACACUGUAUUUAAAUAUUGUUUUUCCACUGUAAUCUUGUAUUUACCUAUAACAUCUGCAAUCACCUUGGAUAAAGGCGUCUGCCAAAUAAAUUAUAAUAUUUUCAA